AUGUCCCACACCCUAGCACCCCUGAUCGCCUCCAUCCUAGACGACCUCCCCGAGGCCUUCGAGUGCACACUCCGGCACGAAGCCGCAUGCCAAGUCCUCAUCCAACAAUGCGCCGGGAUCACCGCGCACAUCGACGCCGCGAAAGCGCGCAUCGCGAAGGAGAAGGCGGCGCAGCGCCUCCUCCGCGCGGAAAUCGCGGCGUUCCUCCGCGAGCGCGGCGAGCUGCGCAGUGCCAGUACGUCGAUGUCCCUUUCGUUGCGUGCGUUGGACGUGCGCGAGGUACGAGGCACUGACGGUGUGGCGGCGUCGGUGGCGGUGGCUGUGAUAGACUCGUCGCGCGUCAUGGAUGACAGCCUGUUGCUCUCGAACGCGAGCAAGAAGAGCGCUGCGGCCAGCCCGAACGAUUCGAUCUUUGGCGGGAUGAGCAACAGCUCGCUGUACCAGGAGAGCCCGCUGUGCCUGAAGUCGAAGCGCAAGGGGAGGAUUUUCGACGCGGACGUCGACAUCCUGCCUAAGCGCCGGCGGCUGACGGUGGAAGCGGAUGAGAUCAAACCUUCGCAGUCCGAGCUGCAAUCCAUCCCGCACAUCGUUAAAUCGGAAAAAUUCUGA